AUGAAUUCAAUGACGAAAUCCGCGAAGUCGGCAGUCGCGAAAACGCAGCCUGAAGAGUCCCUGGCAAGACUGGAGAGCCUACAGAUUGGUGAACCUCUGCAUGAGCAUGCCGACGAAGCGCUGCGAUUCAUUGAACAGCACCAAGGAUUCACGUAUACGCCAGAGCAGGACAAAGCAGUCCUCAGGAAAAUCGAUCGUCACUUGAUGCCAUUGUCUGAGUUAUUCGUGUCAUAUCUGUUUCAAUACAUGGAUAAGAGCAUCAUGGCGCAGAGUCUGGUCUAUGGUCUUCGAGAAGACUUGGGUCUUGUAGGCCAGCAAUAUUCAUGGUGUUCAUCGAUAUUCUUCUUCGGUUACUUAGCCGUCCAGCCAUUUACCGGCUUCUUGAUGAAUCGCAUUCCAUUGGGACGAUUUGUCGUGGCAACAUCUCUUUGUUGGGCUAUCGUUGUACUCUGCACCGCAGGCGCUUUUGAUUUCGCUGGUCUUAUGGUUGCGCGUUUCUUCCUCGGCGUGGCCGAAGGUGGAAUCUCUCCAGCUUACGUUCUCGUCACAGGAAUGUGGUACAAGAAGGACGAGAUCCCCCGACGUACAACAUUCUGGUUCGCGGCCAACGGCCUCGCAAUCAUUCUUCAAGCACUCAUUUCGUAUGGCAUUGGUCAUAUUGUCAAUACCGGAAUACCGACCUGGAAAUGGUUUUUCGUCAUCUUUGGCCUUGCGAGUCUGGUCAUGUCUGCCAUUUUGUGGUAUUUCAUGCCGAAUAGCCCACUCGACGCAAGAUUCCUCAACGACGAAGAGAAAAUGAUUGCGGUUGAGCGGCUGAGAGACAACCGAACCGGCGUUGCAAACCGGGAAUUCAAAAAGUAUCAGCUCAUUGAGGCUUUGAAAGAUCCACUGGUCUACUACAACUUCUUCUUGGUCAUUUUGAUCGUUGUACCGAACAGCGGAGUAUCAUUCUUCGGCACCCUUAUCAUUCAAAACUUUGGGUACGACGCGUUCGUCAGUUCCCUCCUGCUGAUGCCUUAUGGGGCAGUUGUCUGCAUUGGCCUACCGCUUGUUGGCUACAUAACUUCAAAGCAUCCCAAUACCCGCUGCAUCAACCAGGUCGCCUCUUGCUUUCCGGCCAUCAUUGGCGCUGCCCUCGUCUUCUAUCUGCCGGCAGAAAACCAGGCAGGCCGUCUCGCCGGAUUCUACUUGACCGGCUUCUCAAACGCUGCAUUGCCACUUCAGUUCGCCUCGAUGAAUUCAAAUACGGCAGGUCAUACGAAGCGCUCGAUCACCAAUGCCAUCAUGUUCUUGGGGUAUUCAACCGGCUUUAUCAUUGGUCCACAGUUCUUCUUGAAUUCCGAGGCUCCUGUAUACCAGACUGGCUUCAGAACCAUGCUGAUCACCUUUACGUUGUUGACUGCUGCACCGAUAGGCAUGUAUGCUUAUCUGACUCGGCAAAACAGGAAGAGGGACGCGGCCAUCAUGCAUAGUGGAGGCGACAAUGUCUACACGGAGAACGAGGAGUUCUUAGACUUGACCGACAGAGAACAAAUUCACUUCCGUUACUCGAAGUAA